AUGUGCAGAUAUGUUGAAGAAUAUCUUGGUAUAACUGGUCUAUCUGAAAUAACAACCAUUGAUCAUCUUUUCAAUGAGAUAAAGCAGUACUACUCAUUUCUUAACUGCAACUUGGUUCGUGAAAUAGCUGUAAUGUUUUUGCCCUCUAAAUGUGACAUACAAAUGAAGUUAACUCAUUACAUGCAAAAAUUGACCACAUUUGAAGAAUCAUCUUCUCUUCAACAUAUCAUAGAUAUUAUAGAAGAAACAAUUGAUCCUACUCAUGACAUGACCAAUGCAGUUUGUGAAGUUGUAUUUAAACUUGAUAGACGGUGGGGAAGAGUAUCACUAGAAAGCUUUAAGGAAGUUAUCCAUCAUAUCUUUGAGGAUAAUAUUAGAGUGCUGAGUCACAUUCGUAUUGAAAAAGGAUCAAUAUGCAUCAAAUAUUCAGCACCGAUUGCUCAAUCUGAAGUACUCAUUAAAAAGGCAUCAUCACAAAUUAAUUUUAUGCAACAAAUUGGCAUAAUUGAAAUGAGUGUUGGUGAUCACUUUGUGCUAAAAUCAUUUGAUGAAAUCAUUUUUGAAAAAUUUUUCCUUGAUGCUGCUGAAUCAGCUUCUCUCAUGCAAUUGGAGCUACUUUUACAGUUGAGAAUUGACAUUGAUCAUAGAAAUGAAACCGGAAUGACAGCUCUUAUGGCUGCCAGUGACAACUGUCAUCACCAGGUUGUGGAACUGUUAUUAAAAGUGGAAGGUGCUGAUAUUAACAUUCAAAACAAUAAUGGAUGGACCGCUCUAAUGGUUGCCAGUGACAAUGGUCAUCACCAGGUUGUGGAACUGUUACUUAAAGAAGGUGCUGAUGUUAACAUUCAAAACAAUAAUGGAUGGACUCCUCUAAUGGCUGCCAGUGACAAUGGUUAUCACCAGAUUGUGGAACUAUUACUUAAAAAAGGUGCUGUUGUUUACAUUAAAAAUAAAAAUGGAUGGGCUGCUCUUUUGACUGCCAGUGACAAUGGUCAUCACCAGGUUGUGGAACUGUUACUUAAUAAAGGUGCUGAUGUUAACAUUCAAAACAAUAAUGGAUGGACUCCUCUAAUGGCUGCCAGUGACAAUGGUUAUCACCAGAUUGUGGAACUGUUACUUAAAGAAGGUGCCGAUGUUAACAUUCAAAACAAUAAUGGAUGGACUGCUCUAAUGACUGCCAGCGACAAUGGUUAUCACCAGAUUGUGGAACUGUUACUUAAAGAAGGUGCUGAUGUUAACAUUCAAGAUAAUGAUGGAUGGACUGCUCUAAUGAUUGCCAGUGCUAAAGGUCAUCACCAGGUUGUGGAACUGUUACUUAAAGAAGGUGCUGAUGUUAACAUUCAAAACAAUAAUGGAUUGACUGCUCCGAUGAUUGCCAGUGAAAAUGGUUGUCACCAGGUUGUGGAACUGUUAUUAAAAGUGGAAGGUGCUGAUGUUAACAUUCAAAACAAUAAUGGAUGGACCGCUCUAAUGGUUGCCAGUGACAAUGGUCAUCACCAGGAAUCAGCUCAAACUUUCUACAUAGCAUGUAUCUAA